CACAGCACCAGCACCAUGCCUAUGACACUGGGCUACUGGAACACCCGCGGGCUGACUCACCCGAUCCGCCUGCUCCUGGAAUACACAGAUUCAAGCUAUGAGGAGAAGAGAUAUGUCAUGGGGGAUGCCCCUAACUUUGACAGAAGUCAGUGGCUGAGUGAGAAAUUCAAUCUUGGCCUGGACUUUCCCAAUCUGCCCUAUUUAAUUGAUGGGUCACACAAGAUCACGCAGAGCAAUGCCAUCCUGCACUACCUUGCUCGAAAGCACAACCUGUGUGGCGAGACAGAGGAGGAGAGGAUCCGUGCAGACAUUGUGGAGAACCAGGUCAUGGACACCCGCAUACAACUCGUGAUAGUCUGCUGCAGUCCCGAUUUCGAGAAGCAGAAGCCAGAGUUCUUGAAGGCCAUCCCUGAGAAAAUGAAGCUCUACUCUGAGUUCCUGGGCAAGAGGCCAUGGUUUGCAGGGGACAAGGUCACCUAUGUGGAUUUCCUUGCUUAUGACAUUCUUGACCAGUACCGUAUGUUUGAGCCCAAGUGCCUGGACGCCUUCCCAAACCUGAAGGACUUCCUGACCCGCUUCGAGGGCCUGAAGAAGAUCUCUGCCUACAUGAAGAGUAGCCGCUACAUCGCAACACCUGUGUUUACUAAGAUGGCCCAGUGGGGCACUGAUUAGGCCCCUGCCAUGCUGGCACUCACAGUGGGGACUUGUCCACACUGCGGAUCCUGCAGGCCCUGGGUGGGGACAGCACCCUGGCCUUCUGCACGGUGGCUCCCGUUUCUCUCUCCUUCUUGCUCCGGUCUGCAGCUUGGUCAGUCCCAUCUCCUCACCCUCACCCCAAUCAAGCCCAUGCAGCCUUUAUUCUCCCCACUUUGUUUCACAUGGCCCCUUCUUCAUUGGCACCCUGACCCAACCUCACAGCCCUUUUCUGCGAUCUGAGGUCUGUCCUGAACUCAGGCUCCCUAGAGUUACCCCGAUGGUCAACACUAUCUUAAUGCCAGCCCUCCCUCUAAUUACUCUGAAGGUCAAUACUCGAGUGCCAGCCUGUUCCUGGUGAAGAGGCUGCCCCAGGC